AUGACAUACUCCCCACUGCAGUUGUUUCAGCUGUUUUUCAGUACGUCUGUGGUGAAAACUAUCGUUGAUCACACAAACAAGUACGCCGAGAACAAAGCAGCGACCAAACCGUCUUACAAAUGGGUUCCACUAAGCGUUCGAGAGUUCUACAGUUACAUUGCGAUAGUUAUCUACAUGGGGAUGGUCAAACUCAAGUCUCUCGCAGAUUACUGGUCUGGAAAAGAGUACUACCGUCUUCAUUACACCGCAAAGGUCAUGACAGGUAAGAGAUUCUUGUCCAUCUCGAGUAACCUGCACCUGUGUGACCCUGAACAAGACGAAGAAAACACGAAGAGAAAAGGAACCCCAACAUAUGACAGACUUUUUAAAAUAAAACCCCUGUAUACGGAGUUGGUCGCGGCGUGCCAGACGUAUUUUCAGCCCAACAGGGAGAUUUCGAUCGACGAGCGCAUGGUAGCUUCUAAGGCAAGGAUCGGACUGAAGCAAUACAUGAAAGCCAAGCCAACCAAAUGGGGCUACAAGAUCUUCGUUCUUGCCGAUUCGGCCACCGGCUACACGUGGAACUUUUUCAUUUACGAAGGGAAACAAUCCAUCCCGUCAGGUCAAGGAUUAAGCUACGAUUCGGUCAUGGCGCUAAUGGAUUUCGCACUUCUGGGCAAAGGGUACCACGUCUACGUGGACAAUUUUUACACCAGCCCCAUGCUCUUUUUGGAUCUGCUCAGGAAAGGCACUCUCGCCUGCGGUACAAUCCGUGCCAACCAACAGGACUUUCCGAAAACUAAAAUAAACGAUCUAAGCAAAGGAGCGAAGAGAGGAAGCAUCCGCUGGCAUAGGCGUGGGCGGCUCCUGUUCGUGAAAUGGAUGGACACGAGGGAGGUUUCUGUGUGCUCUACGAUGCACGGAGUGUACGACGGCGAUACGGUCCUGAGGAGGGUGAAAAACAAACAAGGCGUUUGGAGUAAAAUUAGCGUUCCGGUUCCAGCAGCGGUCAAAGCGUACAACAAGCACAUGGGUGGAGUCGAUCUGUCCGACGCAUUGAUCUCCUACUACAACGUGCUCCACAAGGCGAUAAAAUGGUACAAGACGUUCUUUUACCAUUUUAUUGACAUCGCCAUUGUGAAUAGUUUUCUCCUGCAUAAGGAAAUAUCCCGAGAGAUUCCAACACAGAAACUCUUCAGAGAGAGACUCAUGUCAGAGCUCGUGGCCUUUUCUAAGCAAACCACCCAGGAUGAGCCUGCGUCAAGUCGACCAGCCAAAACUGAACAGUGCCUGCCAGCGUAUUACUCCAACGACAGCACAGCUGUUAGACAAAGUUGUGUCAUGUGCAAAAAGCCUGGAGUAAAGGUAAAGACGCCAAUAUACUGCACGAAGUGUAAUGUGCCGUUGUGCAUCGUAGCCAAGCGAAACUGUUUCUAUAACUGGCACAAAAUGGGGCACCAUAAGAACUUGUAA